AUGAACGCAGAGAAUAUAUUGAUCGGAAUUGAAAUAGAACACAAGAGAAGCCGAAUAGAUCGACGCUGGACACGAAAUACGUCGUUGGAGACCGCGGUCCAAGCCGAAAAUCUCGGAACGGAAAUCCGCGCCGCGCGUUCUGACCCGAUCGAAAAUAUCGUAACCCAGCGAGACCGGCGGGUGGGAAGAUCCGCGAGAUCCGCGCCACACGUUGAAACCGAAAUCCGCCGUCCGGGACCGGCGCGAGCCGAAGCCCCCGACGCCCUUCGAGGCCGGCGAGGGGGGAGAGGGGAGAUCCACGCAAAGCGUCCGGCGUCCGCGCUAGAUCCGAAAUCCGCUCAGCCGUCCGCGGUGCGCCUGCACAGUGUUACCGGCGGA